CCCAGAGGGCCAGAAGCAAACCUGGAGGUGACACCUGAAGAGAGCUGGAACCGUGAUGACCUUGUGUACUGUGGAGAAGCAGACUCCACUCCUGGAAAGCCCCCCGUCAGUGCAGAGGAGGGAGGUGGGGGACCUCACAUUUGCCGUGUAUGUGGGGACAAAGCCACUGGUUAUCACUUCAAUGUCAUGACAUGUGAAGGAUGCAAGGGUUUCUUCAGGAGGGCCAUGAAAAGCAACGCCCGCCUGAGGUGCCCCUUCCGGAAGGGCACCUGUGAGAUCACCCGGAAGACCCGGCGGCAGUGCCAGGCCUGCCGCUUGCGCAAGUGCCUGGAGAGCGGCAUGAAGAAGGAGAUGAUCAUGUCUGAUGCAGCCGUGGAGCGGAGACGAGCCUUGAUCAGGAAGAAGAAGCGAGAACGGAUUGAGAUGCGGCCCCUGGGAGCCCAGGGUCUAACUGAAGAGCAGCAGACAAUGAUCAAGGAGCUGAUGGACGCUCAGAUGAAAACCUUUGACACCACCUUCUCCCAUUUCAAGAAUUUCCGGCUGCCCGAGGUGCUCAGCAGCAGCGGUGAGAGCCCAGAAUCUCUGCAGACUGCAUCGGGGGAAGAAGCCACCAAGUGGAAGCAGAUCCGAGAAGAUCUGUGCUCCCUGAAGGUCGUCUCCCUGCAGCUGCGGGGGGAGGAUGGCAGCAUCUGGAACUACAAACCCCCAGCCGAAGGCUGUGGGAAAGACAUCUUUUCCCUGCUGCCUCACAUGGCUGACAUGUCAACCUACAUGUUCAAAGGCAUCAUCAACUUUGCCAAAGUCAUCUCCUACUUCAGGCGCCUGCCCAUUGAGGACCAGAUCUCCCUGCUGAAGGGGGCCGCCUUCGAGCUGUGCCAGCUGAGGUUCAACACCGUGUUCAAUGCAGAGACCGGGACCUGGGAGUGUGGCCGGCUGUCCUACUGCUUGGAAGACCCUGCAGGUGGCUUCCAGCAGCUUCUACUGGAGCCAGUGUUGAAAUUCCACUACAUGCUGAAGAAGCUGCGGCUGCGGAAGGAGGAGUACGUGCUGAUGCAGGCCAUCUCCCUCUUCUCCCCAGACCGCCCGGGUGUGGUGCAGCGCAGCGUGGUGGACCAGCUGCAGGAGCGGUUUGCCAUCGCCCUGAAGGCCUACAUCGAGUACAGUCGUCCCCAGCCCAGCCACCGGUUUCUGUUCCUGAAGAUCAUGGCUAUGCUCACUGAGCUUCGCAGCAUCAACGCCCAGCACACGCAGCGGCUGCUGCGCAUCCACGACUUACACCCCUUCGCCACCCCGCUCAUGCAAGAACUGUUCAGCAUCUCAGAUGACUGA